AUGCUGGAAGAUGAGGAUGGGAUGAGCGAGAGGGGGCUCAGCAGCUCCAGGAGGAGAUACGAGGAUGAGGAAGAUUACCACUCCAUCUACAUCGGGGUGCCGGUGCCGCGGGGGUACCGGAGGAAGCGGCGCCGCCGGAGAUCUCCCGGUUCCAGCCGGGACCGCAGCGAGAGCGAGCGGCACUUCGAGCGCCAGGACCACUCGGACACCGACGACGGCGGCCACGGCUGCUACGAGAGCGGCAACGACAACGCCAGCAGGACCAUGUCUCCGGCUGCCGAACGUCUCCGCUACAUCCUGGGGGAAGAUGAUGAGCCUCCCAAUCCCACCCUUUUCACCGAGAUGGACACCCUGCAGCACGAUGGGGAGGAGAUGGAGUGGAAGGAAUCGGCCAGGUGGAUCAAGUUUGAAGAGAAGGUGGAGGAAGGAGGGGAGAGGUGGAGCAAACCCCACGUGUCCACGUUGUCCUUGCACAGCCUGUUCGAGCUGCGGACGUGCCUGCAGACGGGAACAGUGCUGCUGGACCUGGAUGGCUACUCCUUGCCCCAAAUCAUAGAUGAUGUCAUUGAGAAGCAGAUCGAGGAUGGUCUGCUCAAGCCAGAGCUGAGGGAGAAGAUCAGCUACGUGCUCCUCAGAAAGCACCGCCACCAAACCAAGAAGCCAAUCCACCGGUCCUUGGCUGACAUCGGGAAAUCCGUCUCCUCCAACACCUCCCGCAGCCCCGUCCGGAGCCCGGCCAGCGGAGCCGCCUUCCACCGCUCCACCGAGGACCUGCGGAUGCGGCAGAGCGCGAGCUACGGCCGCCUGCGUCACGCGCAGAGUCGGAGCAUGAACGACAUCUCGGACACACCAAGCACAGACCAGCUGAAGAACAAGUUCAUCAAGAAGAUCCCUAAGGAUGCAGAGGCCUCCAAUGUUCUGGUGGGAGAAGUGGAGUUCCUGGAGAAGCCCUUUGUGGCUUUCGUGCGGCUCCUGCAGGCGACGAUGCUGGGAGGGGUGACGGAGGUGCCCGUGCCCACCAGGUUCCUCUUCAUCCUCCUGGGCCCCGCGGGAAAAGCCAAAUCCUACAACGAGAUUGGCCGAGCCAUCGCGACCCUCAUGGUGGACGAUCUCUUCAGCGACGUGGCCUACAAAGCCCGGGACAGAGAAGACCUGAUUGCUGGCAUAGAUGAGUUCCUGGAUGAAGUCAUCGUCCUGCCACCCGGAGAGUGGGACCCCAACAUCAGGAUUGAGCCGCCCAAAAAAGUGCCCUCGGCUGAGAAGAGGAAAUCGGUUUUCUCCCUCAACGAGGUGGGGCAGAUGAACGGCACGGCCGGAGGCGCCGGCGCCGGGGCGGGAGGAGGAGGCAGCGAGGACGGGGAGAUGCCUGAAGUCCAUGAAAUCGGGGAAGAGCUCGCUUGGACCGGCAGGUUUUGUGGUGGCCUCUAUUUGGAUAUCAAGAGGAAGCUGCCCUGGUUCCCCAGCGACUUCUACGAAGGUUUCCAUAUCCAGUCCAUCUCUGCCAUCCUGUUCAUCUACCUGGGCUGCAUCACCAACGCCAUCACCUUCGGGGGCCUGCUGGGGGACGCCACGGACAACUACCAGGGUGUCAUGGAGAGCUUCCUGGGCACGGCCAUGGCAGGCUCCAUGUUCUGCCUCUUCGCUGGGCAGCCCCUCAUCAUCCUCAGCAGCACCGGCCCCAUCCUCAUCUUCGAGAAGCUGCUCUUCGACUUCAGCAAAGGCAACGGCAUCGACUACAUGGAAUUCCGCCUCUGGAUCGGGCUGCACUCGGCCCUACAGUGCCUUAUCCUGGUGGCCACCGACGCCAGCUUCAUUAUAAAGUACAUCACACGCUUCACAGAGGAAGGCUUCUCCACCCUCAUCAGCUUCAUCUUCAUCUACGACGCCAUCAAGAAGAUGAUCGGGGCCUUCAAGUACUACCCCAUCAACUCCGACUUCAAGCCCGACUACGUGACCAUGUACAAGUGCGAGUGCAUUGCUCCCGACCCAGCCAACGCGACCUUGUUCGAUGCUUCAGCUCCAGUGGCACCGAACACCACUAAUGUUUCUCUGUCCAAUGCUAUUAACCUCACAGCUCUGGACUGGACUCAGCUCAGCAAGAAGGAAUGCCUCAAGUACGGCGGCAGCUUAGUGGGCAAAUCCUGCAAAUUCGUGCCCGACUUGGCCCUCAUGUCCUUCAUCCUCUUCUUCGGCACCUACUCCAUGACCUUGACCCUGAAGAAGUUCAAGUUCAGCCGUUACUUCCCCACCAAGGUCAGGGCUUUCAUUGCUGAUUUUUCCAAUGUCUUCUCCAUCCUGAUUUUCUGUGGAGUGGAUGCCUGUUUUGGACUGGACACCCCCAAACUCCACAUUCCCAGUAUCAUCAAGGUUUGGCCAAACCGGGGGAGACCCCUCACCUCUCCCACGCUCUUUUUCCAGCUCCUCACUGAUUUUUUUGGCUCCAAAGCAGCUGGUUACCACCUGGACCUGUUCUGGGUGGGCAUCCUGAUGGCCGUGUGCUCCUUCAUGGGGCUGCCCUGGUACGUGGCCGCCACCGUCAUCUCCAUCGCCCACAUCGACAGCCUGAAGAUGGAGACGGAGACCAGCGCUCCAGGAGAGCAGCCCCAGUUCCUGGGUGUCCGGGAGCAGAGGGUGACCGGCAUCAUCGUCUUCGUCCUCACGGGCAUUUCGGUCUUCCUGGCCCCCAUCCUGAAGUACAUUCCCAUGCCGGUGCUCUACGGUGUCUUCCUGUACAUGGGGGUGGCGUCACUGAACGGCAUCCAGUUUUGGGAUCGGUGCAAGCUCUUCCUCAUGCCGGCCAAGCACCAACCUGAUUACGUGUUCCUGCGGCACGUCCCCCUGCGGCGCAUCCACCUCUUCACCCUGGUGCAGAUCAUCUGCCUGGCCGUGCUCUGGAUCCUCAAAUCCACCGUGGCUGCCAUCAUCUUCCCUGUCAUGAUUUUAGCCCUGAUCCUGGUCAGGAGGCUGCUGGAUUUUGUCUUCUCCCAACACGACCUGGCCUGGAUCGACAACAUCAUCCCCGAGAAGGAGAAGAAGAAAGAGGAUGACAAGAAGAAGAAGAAAAAAGGCAAUAAAGGAGACAGCAGCAGCGAUGAGGAGUUCCCACCUCCCUCAGUCAUUAAGAUCCCCAUGGAGCCCCUCCCAGCGCAGCCCCGAAACGGGGGCCCCCAUUGCCUCAGCCGAAAGAGGGCCUCCACCUGGAGCUUUGCGUUCUGAUUCCUCCCCGAAUGGUUCAGACAUGGAUCGCAG